AUGCGCGCGCUCCUCGAGUCCGCGAAGGCGCACGAGGCCGCGUGGCCCUUCCUCGAGCCCGUGGACACCGUCGAGGUCGACGACUACCUCGACAAAAUCGCGGACCCCACCGACCUCCGGACCAUGGAGACGAAGCUCGACGACGGCACCUACGAGCACUUCCGCGAGCUCAAGGCCGACCUCAUGCGCAUGUUCGACAACUGCCGCGCCUACAACGGCACGGGCAUCUUCGUCAAGACCGCCGAGGCCCUCGAGAAGCACGUCCGCCACGAGAUCAUCCGCCUCGACCAGGCGCGCGACGCGCGCGGCGCGCCGAGGAUCGAGCCCUAA